GACGCUGCAGCGGCCGCAACAAGUGCGGGCGCAGGAGCGAUCGGGCGAGCGAUCCGUCUCCCCCGAGCCCCCGCGACGCGACUCCGCCCGCCCGUGUCGCGGGCGCCACGCAUGGAGGAGCGUGAACGGCGGCGGUCGCCGGGCUGAGCGGCGCCGAGCGGCCGGACGUGGAUGCGGCCGCGCUCUCCCGCCCUCCGCCCCGCCGAGCUGGAGCCGCUCCCGGACAAGAUAUGAGAAAUGAGUGUUGGACGUCGAAGAGUAAAGUUGUUGGGUAUCCUGAUGAUGGUAAAUGUCUUCAUUUAUUUGAUUGUGGAAGUCUCCAAAAGUAGCAACCAAGAGAAAAAUGCAAAGGGGGAAGUCAUAAUACCCAAGGAAAAGUUCUGGAAGAUAUCUGAGCCUCCUGCCGCCUAUUGGAAUAGAGAACAAGAAAAGCUCAACAGGAUGUACAAUCCUAUCUUGAACAUGUUCGCCAACCAGACGGGGGACGCCUUGGGGUCGUCUAAUAUCAGCCACCUGAAUUACUGUGAACCUGACUUGAAGGUCACAUCCAUCGUUGCAGGUUUCAACAGUUUGCCGGACAGAUUUAAAGACUUCCUGCUGUAUCUGAGAUGUCGAAAUUACUCCCUGCUUAUCGACCAACCAAAUAAGUGUGCAAAGAAACCCUUCCUGUUGCUGGCCAUUAAGUCCCUCACGUCUCAUUUUGCUCGAAGGCAGGCCAUUCGGGAAUCCUGGGGCCGAGAAACCCAUGGGGGAAACCACACCGUGGUGCGGGUCUUCUUGCUGGGCCAGACACCCCCCGAGGACAACCACCCUGACCUGUCCUACAUGCUGAAAUACGAGAGUGAGAAGCAUCAGGACAUUCUCCUGUGGAACUACAGAGACACUUUCUUCAACCUGUCUCUGAAGGAAGUGCUCUUCCUCAGGUGGAUGAGCUCCUCCUGCCCUGACGCAGAGUUCAUUUUCAAGGGCGACGACGACGUCUUUGUGAACACCCACCAUAUCCUGAAUUACUUGAAUAGCUUAUCCCAGAAGAAAGCCAAAGAUUUGUUUAUAGGUGACGUGAUCCACAAUGCUGGACCUCAUCGGAAUAAGAAACUGAAGUACUACAUCCCCGAAGUUGUUUACACCGGCGUCUACCCGCCUUAUGCGGGAGGAGGGGGGUUCCUCCUCUCGGGGUCCCUGGCCUUGAGGCUCUACAAUGUCACCGACCGGGUCCUUCUCUACCCCAUCGAUGACGUUUAUACUGGAAUGUGCCUUCAGAAACUUGGCCUCGUUCCAGAGAAACAUGACGGCUUUAAGACCUUUGACAUAGAAGAGAAGAACAAGAAUAACAUUUGUUCCUAUCUCAACCUGAUGUUAGUCCAUAGUAGAAAACCUCAAGAAAUGAUUGAUAUUUGGUCUCGAUUGCAAAAUGUUCAUUUAAAAUGCUAGUCGGCUGCAAACUCACUUUUGCAUAGACAGGCUUAUCACCAGUAGAGCCCCGGUUGUAUUGCUACACACGAGGGGUCAUUUCUACGUAAGCCAUCAAAAUUGCCUUUCAAAUAGUAUCUGUUUGUGGGCCUCUCUGUCCUUCAUUGUGGUACUUCCUACAGAGGGAAAGCAGAUCAUGAUGUGUGCAGGGAAACUAUGGUUGGAUGAUUGGUUCUGGUCUGGUCCUCCU